UAGAACAGAUCAACUAAUCCACACAUAAAUACUAGAACAUACCAAGAUGGCUACCGUUUUAGAAUCAUGGGCAGAUGCCGGAGAUGAAUACUCUGCUCCAGCUGAUGUUAUAACAAACCCAGAUGGAACCAAGACCGUCAUCACUUUCAGAACAAACCAAGAUGGUAAGAAGGUCAAGGUUACUCAAAGGAUAAGAGAAGUCAAAGUACAGGAAAAAGUCCAUCCAUUAAUCGCUCAACGUAAGAACUGGCACAAAUUCGGUAAAGAAAAGAAUUCCCCUCCAGGUCCAGAUACCAGUACUACCCAACUUGGUGAAAAGGUUGAAUUGAAGUUAGGUCUUGCCUGGAAACAAGCUGAAAAGGACGAAGCUUCCGAAAAGGCCCAAGCCAGAGCUCACGUUGUUCAAACUAUUAAAUGUAGAACUUGUGGAGGUGACCAUUAUACUUCCAAGUGUCCAUUCAAGGAUACUUUGGGUGCUGCUGCUGGUACUACUUCUUCUGAGACUACCGAACAACCAGCUGAAACUGCUACUGGUGGUAGAUACGUUCCAAGACAUUUGAGAGCUGAUGCUAACGGUAACAUACCUACCAGAGAAGCCAGAGACGAUUCUACUACUUUGAAGGUUUCUCAAUUGAAUACAUUUGUUGAUGAAGAUAUGUUAAGAAACGAAUUGUUUGCAAGAUUCGGACCAUUAGAAAGAGUCACUGUGGUUAGAAAUAGAGAAACUGGAGAAUCCAGAGGAUUUGCAUACGUUUCAUUUGCCACUGAAGAAAUUGCUCAAAAGGCAUUAGAUUUGUUCAAUGGUAAGGGUUACCAUUCUUUGAUUUUGAGAUUGGAAUGGUCCAAAAAGAAGAAGACCACUUAGAAUAUACUUUCCUUUAUCAUCACCAAUGUAUAUUAGUUUUAUAAUUAUAUAACAAAUCUUAAUCUUUGCUAA